UUCUGGAUUUUUAUGUUUGUGAAAAAUAUGGUAUAAUUCAUACGUAUCACAGGACAGCAAUGAAUAUGCGGCUUAUAAACGGGAACGCAUGUGCAACAGCUACCUGUCUACGAAGCACCGAGUCCGAAGAGAUAAAAACCUCGGAGCUACCGAGAGCUACCGAUGGAUCUUUUUCUGUGUUUAUACCUAUUACUUAUUUUUGUUUCAACAUUUGUGUUGGCCUAAAUCUUUAGCCCAAAAAAUAACUUUAUUCUAUUCUAACCUAUCAAAAUACCGACAUACGAAAAAUGCGUACCGCCACCAUAUGAUAGAAACAGUAAUCGAAACUAAGAAACUUGGAUCAUCGUCGUAUAGUAGUUUUACAAUAAGGAAGCCACUGAGGAAAAACGUUUGAUCUAAGCUAUGUUCCAAAUGUAACUUGGUUUUAGGAUUCGUCUAAGAUAAUAUAUAUUGGACAUAAGCCAGUGAUGUCUGUCCCUUCUUCAUCGUCUAAUAAAAUAACUGAUAAUAAACCAGGUGGUACAAGUCCAAGUCCUAUAGAGGGCAUUGAAGGUGUUCCAGGACCUAGUUCUUUAGAACCUAUGCAUUCUCUAUUAGCACAAGAUGAAGAAUCAGAGGAUUACGGGGAAGAUGCUGAAGAAGAUGAAGAUGACAGUAGUGAAGAAGAAAGUGAAAUCAGUGAUACAGGAAUAUUUUGCGAUGCAGAGUGUGAACCUGAUCUUGGUAGUAAUACAUGUUCGCUUUCAUCAUCUCAACCACAAUCAUUUUCACAACGAGUACAUAGUCCCAUUUUACAUACCUGCGUUCCUUUGGAUGUUGUUCAGCCACAAAGGAAGCGCAAAAGUGAUACUGAAUCUAGUUUACCUUGUAAGAAACUUAAUCCAGAGGACAAAUCCCAUUCGAUGAUUGUUAAGAAAUUGGAUGAUAAAAGUAAACAUAUGAGAUGUGUUAUUCCAACGAAAGAUAAUCCUCCGCCAGAAAUGAGUAAUUGGCUUCUUCAGUUUCAGAGAUGGUCAAAUGCAGAGAGAAUGCUUGCUAUAGAUGAAUUAAUUGAACGGUGUGAACCAACACAGGUACGACAUAUGAUGCAGGUUAUUGAACCUCAAUUUCAAAGGGACUUUAUAUCGUUGUUGCCAAAAGAGUUGGCUUUGUCGGUAUUAGCUUUCCUAGAACCCAGGGAUCUCUUACGUGCCGCUCAAACAUGCCGUAAUUGGCGAUUUCUUGCGGACGAUAAUCUACUAUGGAAAGAGAAAUGCAGAGCAGCUGGUAUAGAAGAUUUGAAGGAUCUGCCUCAAAUAAAACGUAAGAAUGGUAGAAAUUCCGGUAAUUGUUCAUCCCCAUGGAAACAAGCAUAUAUGAGACAACAUAAUAUAAAAAUGAAUUGGAGAACGAAACCUAUUCGUACACCAAAGGUUUUAAAAGGACACGAUGAUCAUGUCAUUACUUGUCUUCAGUUCUCUGGUAAUCGUAUAGUAAGUGGUUCUGAUGACAAUACUCUUAAAGUAUGGUCCGCCGUUACAGGCAAAUGUUUAAGAACAUUAGUUGGACAUACUGGUGGUGUAUGGUCUUCUCAAAUGUCCGGUACUACUGUAAUUAGUGGUAGUACAGAUCGUACUUUGAAAGUAUGGAAUGCUGAAACUGGUCUGUGCAUUCAUACUUUAUAUGGACAUACAUCAACGGUGAGGUGUAUGCAUCUACAUGGUAAUAAAGUAGUCAGUGGUAGUAGAGAUGCGACUUUAAGGGUGUGGCAAGUGGAUACUGGCGAAUGUUUACACGUGCUUGUGGGCCAUUUGGCAGCUGUUAGAUGUGUGCAAUAUGAUGGAAAAUUAGUAGUCAGUGGAGCCUACGAUUAUAUGGUUAAGGUUUGGAAUCCAGAACGCGAGGAGUGCCUUCAUACUUUACAAGGACAUACAAAUCGUGUUUAUUCUCUCCAAUUUGAUGGUGUACAUGUUGUUAGCGGUUCUUUGGAUACAAGCAUAAGAGUAUGGGAAGUUGAAACUGGUGCAUGUAGACAUACAUUAAUGGGACAUCAGUCGCUCACUUCUGGAAUGGAAUUGCGCAAUAAUAUCUUAGUAUCUGGAAAUGCAGAUUCAACUGUUAAAGUAUGGGAUAUUGUUAGUGGUCACUGCCUUCAAACCUUGUCUGGUCCAAAUAAGCAUCAGUCUGCUGUCACUUGCCUUCAGUUCAACAGCCAUUUUGUAAUUACUUCAUCGGAUGAUGGUACAGUUAAACUGUGGGAUGUUAAAACUGGGGAUUUUAUAAGAAACUUGGUCGCUUUGGAAAGCGGCGGAAGUGGUGGUGUUGUGUGGAGGAUACGUGCAAGUGAUACAAAACUGGUGUGUGCAGUAGGUAGCCGUAACGGAACGGAGGAGACCAAACUUCUCGUUCUCGAUUUUGAUGUAGAGGUAAAAUAGUGCACUUUUCAGUGGAUAAAACUGCCCUCUUCUACGACCUCUGUACAUACUCUAACUAGGUAGCAUAACCAAUCUACUGUACAAUGAUACAUGUAUUACAUGGUGUGAUUGUGAUAAGAAUGUAUGUCGAAAAUUUGAAGAGAGAUCGUAAAAAGUCAGACACUGAAUCGGUAGUUGUUAUAAAUGAUCUCCAAAGUGGUAGAACAUUUAAACCGAAGGCAUUAAUUAUAUUAAUUAUGGAGUGUAUUAAUCGUGGUGUACAAAUAUGAGAUUUUAAAGACUCAACAAAUUAUGGAGAACGAGGAGCUUAUAAAUGUAUUACUGUAUUACUGCUGUUAUAAAAUUUAAAAGAAAUCGCUAGUAAUUUACAUGGGAGAUAGCCCACUAUGAACAUUAACUCCACAUAACGAUUUGUAUGGGCGUUUAGGAAAGUAUUUUUAAAUUACAGAAAAAGAAAAAUUUCGUACCAUAUUUGUCAAGCUUAUAGACAAAAAAAUUGCUUAAAGAAUCUCACAUUUUGAAAAAAAAAGAAACAGAAAAGGAAGAAAAAAAUAAAUAAAAGAUCUAAAUAAAAGGAAUGAAAA